CUCAAACAGAAAAUACACACUCAACGGAAUAGAUACCUCCGAUUCCGAAUAUCUCCUUCUCCGGAUCCUCCAUUUUCUUGUUAGAUUGAGUAACAAUAAAAUAGUCCCUAAGGACAGAAUUUAAACUUUCAAAAAUCCCAAAUCAUUUAUUUUUACAUGCAAAAUCAGGCUCCAUUUACCUCCAUUGUCUUCUCAAAUUACUGUUUCAACAAAAAAAUCCAUUCUUUAUAUCAAAGUUUUAAUCUUUUAUACUUUUUGCUUCAAGUUUAAGUCUUUCAUGUUUCUUUUUGGCUACCUUUUUAUCCAUUAAAGGUUUUAUAAGAAGCUUGAAAUUCAAAUUGAAGAAGGUUAAAUCUAGAAUUAUAACAAAAUUGUUGCUUGUUUUUGUUUUUUUUUUCAAUGUUAUUUUCUAGAAAAUUUUAAAAUAAGUUAGAUUAAGUUUACUUUGAUUUGUUCUUUGUUUUUAUUGUGAAAAAUUUGGCUCUUUAUUUGGGUUAUAAACCCCAAAGCAAUUAGUAUAGAAAUUUGUGGGUUUAUUUUGUUUUUACUUUUUUUUUGUGGGUAUUUGAGAAAAAUUGAAAUCAGACAUUCAGGAAUUAUUUGAGAAAAUAGGAGUAUGAGUUUUGGUAGUGGAGAAUAUGAUGGUGAGUCAAACCCGGAUUUAGGAAACGGGUCGAUCAAUGGGCCACUUGAUCAUAGUCUUCUUGUUGAUCCAAAGUUUUUGUUUGUUGGGUCCAAGGUUGGGGAAGGAGCUCAUGGCAAGGUUUAUGAAGGCAGAUACGGUGACAGAAUUGUGGCUAUCAAAGUGCUAAACCGGGGGAGUACUUGGGAUGGAAGGGCUGUGCUUGAAGAACGUUUCAUUCGGGAGGUUAACAUGAUGUCUAGAGUUAAACACGAGAACCUUGUCAAGCAAGAGAGGCCAACGAUUCCAGAUGAUAUAGCCCCGGAUCUUGCUUUCAUUAUACAGUCUCGUUGGGUUGAAGAUCCUAACUUACACCCAAGCUUCAGUCAAAUUAUACACUUGCUGAACAAAUGUCUAUAUGCUUUCACCUCCUCCGCUGCUGUGUAUGCCUGAAUGCGAUGUCAAUCAGGUUGCUUCAACAAGUAAUGGCGCUAUUACAGAGUUCUCUGUGCGUGCAAGAGGCAAAUUUUCCUUCAUUCGACAACUUUUUGCUGCUACCAAAAGGACGAGGAACUGGCAAUGAAGAACGGGGUAUGUUUUGUUUGAGUAGAUGGAUUUUGUUCCUCUUUUUUGUGUGUAAUAUCUCUCGUUUUGGUUGGAUAAUACGAUGAUUAGUUCAGGAGAAAAGUCGAAAGAGAUAGCAGGUUAUUAGGGGAAAAUGUAUGUAUUCAUGCUCUGAAAUGAAAAGAAAAUGCACAAGUUGUCAAUAGUACUACAAUGCUCAUUUCCUUUACAAGGAAAUGUAAAUGGCUUAAUCAUUUCGUGAUUGCAGUGACCAAUUGAGAUAUUGCAAAUUGUUGUAUGAGACGAUCUUACUGAGAGUCGUGUCUCAUACAUGGGUUAAAUAGCCCAUCUCAUAUAUAUUAUGAGAAUAUGGACUCCUUGUUUGAAA